CCCAUCACCAAAAUUUCCGUCCCUGCGUCCCUAUGCUCCUGAAGCUGUCGCCAUCCUCCAGCACCCAGCACCCGACCAUAUUAUCCCAAUUAGCCCAGCAUGAGAGCUAGAAAGCCUAGGUGGUACAGCUUGACCAAGCCUAAACUCCGCCAGUCAUGGAACAAAUAUAAUCUGUAUAACAUUGCCAGUGCGAACCUGAGGCAAAAUCGUGGCAAGACUUUCUUCCAGCAGAAAUGGGCGGCCAAGUCUGCGACCCGUGGCUACCACGGCGCCCAUAUCAAGGAGUCGGACUGGAACCGCGCCUUCUCUCGCCGCCUCUUCUCUGCCGUCGACAUGCCGCCCGAUUACCUCGCCUCUUUCGACGGCUCAGAGCAGGCCGCUGGUCGCGGCUCCGGCCUGCACGCGGAGCCUGGCUCCAAGGACCGCACGCCCACCGCCGCCAACUUCUCCCAGUUUGAAAAGGAACGACAGCGCCGCGUUCGCGCGCUCAGCGCCUCGGCUGGUCAGAUAAGCCAUCCAUCACAGAAGCUGAUCACAAGGGACGAAAAGGCUCAGAUGCUGGCCCGGCCCGUCCACGAGAUGACGCCCUACAUGCAGAUGGCCUACGCGCCGCUCGAGAGGAGACUAGACGUCGCCAUCUUCCGUGCCAUGUUCGCCAGCAGCACGCUCCAGGCCAAGCAGUUCUGCACACACGGUGCCGUCAAGGUCAACGGCAAGCUGAUGCGUUAUGGUGCCUAUAAGCUCAACCCGGGCGACAUGUUCCAGGUCGACAUCGACUCCGUCCUCUACGCCACAGGUCGUGCCAAGACCCCCGCCCAUGCAAAGUUCGUCGCCGGUGAGGACUGGGAGUCCAAGAACACCAUCCGGGACUCCAAGGAGGGUAAGAGCCGCAUCCUCGACCCCGAAGCCUCAGAACAGGCCGCAGCCGACACACCUGUCGAGGCCGAGGCUGAAGCCGCCGCCGAGGCCGUCGUUGAGAAGGCUGACGCAGCUGCCGCCGAGGAGGGCGGUGAAGAUGCCGCCGCCGCGUCAACGGAGGAGAGCGCGGUGUCGGAGGAGGAACGCCGCGCCGCGCACCGCAAGCAGCUCAAGGCUCUCGUCCGCUCCGCAAGGUCCCUCAUCAGCGACGGCGAGGGCCUCAACCCCCGCAAGAAGCGCCAGCUCCGCGCCUUCAUGACGGAAACAAAGCGCGUCCUCUCCUCCUCGGGCCGCGUCGCCGACGCCGAAGCAGCGUCCGACGAUCCUAACGCCGUCAUGGACCAUCUCUCCUCCAUGCUCAAGGACUUCAAGGUCGAGGGCACCCAGGUCGAGGCUGUCGAGGCCGUCGCCGCCGAAGGGGAGCAGCAGACCACGCACAAGGAAAAGGCCGCCACUGAGACCAUCAAUGAACUCGUCUCCUCCAAGGAGGUUCGCCAGCAGAUCGACGGGCUGUCGCGGGAAGAGCAGAAGGCGCUGGCCAGCCUGCUCCGCCUGGACGCCGAGAACCCAAUCGACGAGUCUAAGCCCUACUGGACCCCUUGGGAGCCGCGGCGCUACAUGGCGCCGUUCGCCUUCAUCCCCCGCUACCUCGAGGUCAACCAGAACAUCUGCGCUGCCGUCUACCUCCGCCACCCCGUCGCCCGUCGCGGCAUGGCCGAGGUGCCCACCCCCUUCUCUUACGAGGUCAACCAGCUGGCCUUCAACUGGUACCUGAGGAGGCAUUGAACACGUGAUGAUGACGAUGCUUACAAGUGCGAGAGGGUGUUGCUAAGUGGCGUCGGGGAGGGAGAGAUGGGGAGAGAGGUUGUGGCCGCUCAAGUGGGGAAGAAGGGGGCGGGGGGGAGCACGCGGCAUUGUACAACAGGAUAUAGAGACCAAAGCUUGUAAGACUGAAUGUAAAAAAAAAGGCUUAGACAUGGUCUUUUUUUUAUGUACAUCAUCAAUGGCAGGGGGAAAUGACAAUCCUCUCUACCUCGUCAAACAUUCCCAAAUGAUCAACUUCCUUGAUACCACCAAUCCGUUGAGGCUGCCGAGGCACAUGUAAUUUCCCUAUGAAGCCAACCAUCAGUUUACCAACAAAAUGGAAGCUGGGCGGUUGUUUGGCACACCAGAAACUUCUAACCGGCAAGGUGACACGUCUGUCCAAACAGGUUAAGAAUACGCGGAUGUCACCACAGUAUGCAAUCACUCAAACACAAGAUGGGACAAAAAAGA